GUUACGUUUAAAUGUCUCACAAUUUGGUAGUUCAUAUAGCUGUAGUCUAUAGACCUUAUAUUUGUAUUGAACUAAUUUGGAAUAAUUUCGUUUUCUUAUGAGUUACAUCAGUGUCCGCAACGGAGGGAGCGUGGUUCGCCUGAUGUCACUCGUCAUUUUAAAUCUACCUAUCCAGUAAAAGUUUUCUGUCCCAGCUAAAAUUCUGUGAAACACCAGCGAUAUCAUUUGUUACAUUUUACUCACUUUCCCUAAGCAUUUUUAAUAAAUAGGCCUACACCAAUCUAAACCUCAGUUUUCAUCAGUGCCUGACAGUCACAGACGAUAGACGAUAGGUUUAGCUAUUCGAGCUAACUUAUAACAUGUUUCAGGCAGUGUUAUGGAGAGGGCUAGCUUGCUGUUUAUCUUACCUGGUCGCAAUUGACUGACGAUAAAUCAGAUUUGUUUAAACUUUUAUUGGUCAACGGGUGGAUACAGCAAGAUAAACGUGACAUUUUUCGGUCAAAAACUUGACUGUCAUACGGGCUUGGGCCCAUUAUUGUUACGAGUUAUGACCGUCCGUUUGUCUGCAAUCUGCAUCGCUGCGAGUGAAUGGAUGACUGGUGGCGCAAGUCACCUCAGUAGGCCUGUCAUAUGACGUGCUUUGCUAACUGCACAAAUAAGAAGUUAAAACAAACACCUCAAUCACCUGAGAUGUUGAUAUGAUAUGCACAAUAAUACUUAAAUAUGCGUACAGUACUCUUACUAUCCAUUUCAAGUUAAAAAGAGGAGUGAAUAUUUGUUCAAUAUCUUUUUUGAUACAGUUCAAUGGUCGUCUAUGGAAAACAUGAAUGUAGAAUUCCUAAUGGAUCUCAUAUCAUUUUAAAGAGCCAUUUCCAAUCUUUAAAUAGAAAGAAACUUACAAUGGACACUUGUCUUUAGUUUUUAUUAUUCUUGGUUAUUUGAAAUGUUUCUCAAAUUGCCCUUUUCUUUCGGAAUUCCCAGGAAUCUGGAGCAUUGUUGUAAAAUUCUGUUGGGUUAACCUUAACACUUGCCCAGGCAUCACGCAUGCACCUCCCUCUCCCUCUCUUGUGCACUCUCUCUCACACACACACACACACACACACACACACACACACACACACACACACACACACACACACACACACACACACACACACACGGAUUAACAUGAUACAAAUGAUUUACACUUCAGAUGCAAGCUGAUAGACGUGUCCUUUGAUCGUUUUGCAUUAGAUAGGCCUAUUAUGGUAAUACAUUAAUUUAAAUAGUCACCCAGGCUACAGGUUACAUAGGCGAUAGGCCUACUGACAGAAUCAUCAAUGUUGUAGAGAGGAUUGUGGAUCCACACGUGUCUGCCAUACAGUUUUUCUCUAUCACCUGUGGCCCCAUUUAACUAAUUAUAUAUUUUUUUCUUAAUCCAGAUGAGUGCACAAAAAGCAAGGCAAAAAAGUGCAGUAUGGGAGUACUACACUCCAUCAACAGCAGGGAAGGCAUUGUGCAAUACCUGCAAAGUUGCUGUCAGUAUGGGAGGUUCACAGCCGAAAAUUACCAAUACCUCAAAUCUUUGGUCCCAUCUUAGGAUUCAUCACCUUGCCCUGUAUGAAUCUGCAAAGAAGCAAGAACCUGGACCUGCAUCAACAGCUGGCAACCUGGCAACAGCUGUAUGCCAGCCUGCAAUUGAACACAUGUUUCAGAACAAAAGAAAAUGGACAAAUUCAGAUGACCGGUCAAAACAUAUGGACAAACUAAUUACGGAAAUGAUGGUUACAGACAACCAGCCGUUCACAAUGGUGUCUGAUGUUGGCUUUCAGCGAGUCAUGGCUGCAGCUGAACCGCGGUAUGAACUGAGAAGCGAGAAAUUUUACCGUACAGCCAAACUAGAUGAAAUCCAUGGUAAGGUUGUGCUCAAGAUCAAAGAUCUUAUUAAGCCAGAGAAUGCUGGCUUUGCACUGUCCUUUACCACUGAUUGUUGGUCUGGAGCAACAGAGUCCCUGAUGAGCCUAACAUGCCACUUUAUUGACAAAGAGUGGCUACGAAAGCAAGUUGUAUUAAAUACAAAGGCAAUGCAGGGAUCCCACACAGGUGAAUAUAUCCGGGAGACUUUCCUGGACAUGCUCCAAGAGUGGGAAAUCACCAAAGAACGUGUAGCUCUUGUUCUUCGGGAUAAUGGAGCAAACAUCGUGAAGGGGCUGAGGCUGGCUGAACUUCGAAGUUGCACAGCCCACACUCUGCAACUGGUGGUCAAUGAAGGCUUGGCAUGUCAAAGGGUUGUGAUAGACAUAAUUGCCAUAGUGAAGAAAUGUGUGAAUCAUUUCCAGCACUCCAUCUUGGCCAAGCAGCGCUUGCGGAGCAUUCAGAAGGACCUGGGCCUUCCUGAACACCAGGUGAUACAGGCUGUUCCUACAAGAUGGAAUUCCACACUCCACAUGCUUCAAAGGGCACUGGAGCAAAAGCGUGCUCUAACCAUCUACUCUGGGGAGUAUGGUGGGUUUUCAUGCCUAAAUGCUCAGCAGUGGGAGAUUGUGUCCAAUUUGGUUGAAACACUAACUCCAAUUGAAGAGGUGACACUUGAGGUGAGCAGCAAUGAUUCCUCUGCAUCUUGCAUCAUCCCCUGUGUCACUGUGCUCAAGAUGAUACUCCGAGAUGAUGGGCCCUCAACACAGGGAAUCAGAACCCUUAGGGGAGUGAUGAGGGAGGCUCUCAGCAAACGGUUUUCCAAAUUGGAGGAGGCUAAAUCUGUGGUUCUGGCAUGUCUUUUGGAUCCACGCUACAAAAGCCAUGCAUUCUCCUGCGAUUCUACAUUGACCAAGGCCAAAGAAUGGCUCAAAGAGGAAGUGGAAGGUGAAGUAGAGCAGAAUGCAGCAGAGAUAGGUGGUGUAGAGCAGCAAGCUGAGGCAGGGGGGGGACACUGCACACGAACAAAGCCCAAAAAGACAACGGAGAGAAGAGACACCAUCUCAUAG